GACCAAAAACCAAAACUCACCCAUUAAAACCAGCAACGACAAUAACAGCCACACCAUCCAAAUGGCUUUAUUCAACGUUCCCUCUUCUUCUCUCUUCAAACCCCAAACUUUCUUCUCGAGAAUCCCCUCAAUUUCCUCUCACAACAGAAUCUCACCACUUCCAUUCACUCUGUCCUGCUCAACUUCAAAAUCUUCGUCUCCUGAUGUCAAUGAUGAGAAUACUGACAAGAAGAGGCCAAACCGGAGACUCUCCGAGCAGUCUUCCUGGGAGGCCAAGGAUGCGGAGGGGAGAGACUAUCUCUACCGGCUGGGAAAAGAGGCUGAUAACAUGAACAUCGCCGUCGGAGCCAGGGAUGGAAUCAUUGAUCCUCUCUUCGCCGGAAAUUUUCUAGGCCGAGACUCGGAUAUUGUGUUUGAUUACCGUCAGAAAGUAACGAGGUCUUUUGAGUACCUUCAAGGCGAUUAUUAUAUAGCUCCUGUGUUCUUGGAUAAAGUUGUAUGUUUCAUUGUGAAGAACUACAUAGCUCAUCUUCUCAAUACUAAAGUUCCACUGAUCCUAGGUAUUUGGGGAGGAAAAGGACAGGGAAAAUCAUUUCAGACGGAACUUAUUUUUCAAGCCAUGGGUAUUGAACCUGUAAUUAUGUCUGCAGGAGAAUUAGAAUCAGAAAGGGCUGGAGAACCAGGAAAACUGAUUCGUGAACGCUAUAGAACAGCUUCUCAAGUGGUCCAGAACCAAGGCAAGAUGAGCUGUUUGAUGAUCAAUGAUAUUGAUGCUGGCCUUGGUAGAUUUGGAAACACACAAAUGACAGUGAACAAUCAAAUUGUUGUUGGGACUCUAAUGAAUCUGUCAGAUAAUCCUACAAGGGUGAGUAUUGGACAAGAAUGGCGGGAAUCAGAUGUCACAAGCAGAAUUCCUAUCAUUGUGACCGGAAAUGACUUUUCAACUAUUUAUGCCCCCUUGAUUCGUGAUGGAAGAAUGGAAAAAUUUUACUGGCAACCCAACCGUGAAGAUAUUGUGAACAUCGUUCACAGAACGUACGAAAAGGAUGGCAUAUCUAGAGAUGAGGUUGUAAGCAUUGUAAACACAUUUCCUAAUCAAGGAUUGGAAUGAAGCUCUUGCAAAUCCUAAAUGCAAGGAAGUAAUAGUCGAAGAGAUGAAAGCACUGGCAAAAAAUGAGACUUGGGAGCUUGUCACUCUCUCACCUAGAAAAAACUUGUUGGUUGUAAGUGGGUGUUCACAGCGUAAGUGGGUGUUUAUAGUGAAACACAAAGCUGAUGGUACAAGUAAAUGGUUUAAGGCCAGAUUGAUAGCUAAAAGGUUCACUCAAACCUAUGUAGUGGAUUAUCAAGAAACAUUUGCCCCAGUUGCAAAAAUGUACUCAAUCAGAGUCCUAUUAUCUUACGCAGCCAACUUGGAUUGAGACUUACAACAGUUUGAUGUGAAAAAUGCUUUCCUCCAUAGAGAUUUAGAGGAAGAAGUGUUCACGGAGAUCUCUCAUGGGUUCGCUAAUGAGAAGACACAAGGAAAGAUGUGCAGGUUAAAAAAACUGUAUGAGCUAAAACAAUCUCCCAGAGCUUAGUUUGACAGGUUUACCAGAGCUAUGAUAUCCUUUGGUUAUCAACAAAGCAAUGCUAAUCAUACUCUGUUUAUCAAACAUCACAAGGGUAAGAUCACCCUUCUUAUUGUGUACGUUGAUGAUAUAGUCGUGACAAGUUAUGACAAAGAGGAAAUGGUUCAACUAAAAAGGUUGUUGGCUUAAGAAUUUGAAAUCAAAUAUUUAGGAAAACUACAAUAUUUCCUAGGCAUUAAGGUGGCUAGAUCAGAAUAAGGAAUUUUCAUCUCCAAAAAAAAAAGUACAUUCUGGAUCUUUUGGAAGAAAUUGAUAUAUUGGAGUAUAAACCAGCAGACUCUCCCAUUGAAAGUAACCACAAGAUGCAAGUAAGAACUGAUGAGUAUGUGGAUAUUGGAAGAUACUAGAAAUUGAUAGGGAGGUUGAUUUAUUUCUCACACACUCGAUCAGAUAUAACUUAUGUUGUUAACUUAGUCAGCCAAUUCAUGCAUGACCCUCGCGAGACUCAUAUGCAGGCUAUAUUUUGCAUUUUGAGGUACCUAAAGUCUGCGCUAAGGAAAGGAUGCAGAUUGAGUAGGAUCUCUCGAUGACAGGAAAUCUAUCUCUGGCUACUACACAGUUAUGGGAGGGAACCUUGUUGCUUGGAGGAGUAAAAAACAAAGUUUUGUUGCUUGGUCAAGUGCUAAAGCAGAAUACAUAACAAUGGCCUAAGGUGUGUGUGAACUCUUAUAGCUGUGGAAGUUAUUAGAAGAGCUGAGGUUGUCUGAGAGAGAUAAAAUAACUUUGUAUUGUGACAACAAAAUUGCUAUCAGUAUAGCACAAAAUCCAGUCCAACAUAACCGAACGAAACACGUUGAAAUUGAUCGACACUUCGUUAAAGAAAAAUUAACAGACGGUGUCUUGAGCUUAGUUCAUGUAACUUCUACGGGGCAACUUGCGGAUGUGUUUACUAAAGGGUUCAACAAUAAGAUCUACCAUAAUCUAAUUUGCAAGUUGGAUAUGUGCGACAUUUAUGCACCAACCUGAGGGGAGCGUUGACUUAUUUGCUGAUUUUAGGGAUAUGAUUUGAUUUAAUUUGAUUAGAAUUCUUAAUUAUCUUUAUAGUUAUUAUUUGAUUAUUUGCUUCCUGUUUAAUUAUAAUUUUUUGUGUAUAAAUAGUCAUGUAAACUAAUUGUAAAGAUCAAGUGUAAAAUACAAAAAUAUUCUAAAAUUUUCUAAAAUUUUUCAAGAAAAGAAAGGGAAGAGAAUUUAAAAAGUAUAACCUUUGAAACGGCUGGAAAGUGUAGAAAUUAAUGAAAAUGAGAGCAGGAGACAGAAGAGGAAGGAUAUAAAAGAAUUUCAAUCGGUAAUAACACUUACCGUUACAUAACGGCCAUAAUUAUACAAAUGAAGGCAUACCAUUGUAUAACGGGUAACGGGUAACUAUUAAAACCAUGAUGUGCACUGCCAAACUGUCGGCAUCACAUCUGACUAAAUGAUAAUUGAUUAUGAGGAACCUGUCAGAAUCCAAACGGCAGCUCUUCCCUUUCUGGUCUCAGAUGCUUGUGGGACUUGGAUACCUCAAAUCUGGAUUUGCAGCACUUUUAAUAUAUUGGACUAUCGUUUUUGACAUAUCUUGUGGGCAUAGCAGACCCCAUGGAAGAUUUGAUGUUUUUGGUAUGGUCCUUGAGGAUUACAUUGAAGGUCCCUUACAAGGAAAGGAGACUUGGACUUAUUCGUUCCCUGAGCUAUGGUGCUGCCUGUGAUCUCUAUGAGGGAGCUCUAACCUUUGCGAGAUCAAGAAGGAGCUAGCAGAUUCAACAUACAAAACCAAAUUGAUCUGAAAUUCUUCCACACAGUUCCAUCCAAUUUUUAGGGUUUAAAUAUAGGAAGGAUAUAUGUAAAACUUAUAGCAGUCCGGGAUUGACUUAAUCUAUUCCUAUGAUCUUGGGGCUUGAUAGAAAUAAAUAAUCGCAACUCCCUGUAAUUACAGAAACUUUGGUCACACUUGUCUUCCUGAUCUAUUCUGCUGAUCUGCAUUCCUUCCUUUUAUUGGUCGGUAAUGCCAAGACUUGCAUUCCUUUAGUCAGUUGGUAACGAUCCAACCUUUAAUCCCUUCUAUACUCAAUUUGUAACAAGUCAACCUGUAUUACACUUCUUCCUUUAUUCUGACGGUCGACCUCCUUUCCUCUGUCCUACCUUACUCCCAGCUGAUACUUCUACUUCUUCCACCUGGUUAUCCAGACUUAUGUCAUUACCUAUCCUGCCGUCACCAGACUCCAACCCGAUCUCCUGGAUGAGUGUUUCCCAUCCUUCAAUCAUCCGGUCCUUCUUACCCUUACUGGGUCUAGAUCUGUAUCAAAAUUCUUGGAGCAAACACCUCCAGAUCUAGCCAUGUAGUGUUCUCCACAUAGUUAGAGUGAAAUAUUUGUGGGAUGUAGACCAACUUUAUUGUCAUACUUUGGGAUGCAAUGAAACUAUUUUGGGUGAUCUGAAAAGCUGAUUCCUUAAAUUUUGUACACUACUCUUUCUUUUAAUUCUCGAAUAUGAUGAUGCUUUUAAUAGUUAUGAAAUUCGUGAACUUUUUGUAGUGUUGUUGAUGUUCAUAAAUUUUUGUCAUUUGGCAAUCCGCUUACCUCAAUUUAUUUUUUUAUUUU